AUGUACAUCUACAUGAGAGAUGUCUUGAAGCGCUACAAGCUGGAGGGUGCCGUGGCAGAGGCGGAACAGCAGGGCGAGGCGGCCCUCAGUGAUGCCAAGUGCAAGCUGGCGGGGCUGGAGGAGGCCCUGCAGAAGGCCAAGCAGGACAUGGCCUGCCUGCUCAAGGAGUACCAGGAGGUGAUGAACUCCAAGCUGGGCCUGGAUGUGGAGAUCGCCACUUACUGCAAGCUGCUGGAGGGCGAGGAGAGCCGCUUGUGUGAAGGUGUGUGCUCCGUCAAUAUCUGUGUGAGCCGUUCCCAGGGCGGCGUGGUCUGUGGGGACUUCAGUGCCACUGUCCCCCGUGGCCCGGGGGGCGUGGCCACCAGCAGUGGCAUCCUCUGCUCCCCUUCUGUAGUGGGUACCUGCUCCAGUGUCAGAUCGGUGCGGUUUGCGUAG